ACUUACAGUUCGUCCGACAAUUUGUCAGAUCUUAUAUUUCAUACAACUAAGAUAAAUAAUGGUUAAACAUGUUGGAGGUAUUAGGGCUAAAAGUUGGGAGUAAGCGUGUUAGGAAAACUUAGUUAAUUAAAGAGACUAUUAAAGUCAUUUUGACAACUUAUUUGUUUUGGGGGUGUUUAUUACAAGACAAAAAAAAGAUAUUAACGUCCCUGCUACCCAAUCAAAUUUUCAGAGUGAGGGUACAUUUGGACUAUCGUUUGAUCGGAGGGUCAUCGUCCAAUCACAAAGCAGACAUUUAUUGCUUAGUAGCCAACUGACAGGGUAUUCCACCAAUCAAAUGCUUCCGAUGGGCUGUCCUUACACUCACUGUAACAUUCGUGGUCUCUGUUGUACGCGCUGGUUUAGACAAGCAGUAUGGCGGAAGAAGAGAGUGAAUUGGAGUUAGACAGGUUUAAGAAAGAACUGGAGACUUUGUUAAAUACUAGUGCAAACGACGAACGCGGACUUCAGAGCAAGACGUACUGUGAAAGGUUUUGCGAGUUGGUGGUGGAGCAAACCGGACGAUGGCAAGUGCCUCUUCCUCAGCUCCAGGUGUUGCGAAGUGCCCUGUGCUCUUUUGUCCAGGGUGUGGCAUCGUUCCCUCCAGAGUGCGAGCAUGUGCGCUACACACUGAGUAGUCUGGCCUUGAGUAUCUUUGAGCUGCUGUUGUUCUUUGGAAAAGAUGAGUUCGUCGAGCAUCCUUUAAAAGAUAUUUUAGACUCAUUCCAGGACUGCUAUGCGAGCCUGGUAAGGCACCAGAAUGUUUACCUUCUACAGGUUAGGCAUAUUAUUAAAGAUGGAGGGCCUUGGGCAAACCCUGUACUUCAGGCCAUUCUCAAGGAUUCAGAGCUACCACAAGAAGAUGUGGACAAAUAUCUGAGCUCAGAAGUAUCUAUUUUCUUUGAGCUGCGUUUGCGGUACCUGGUGGCAUGUGAGAGGCUUCCGGAGGCCUUGGCACUGACAAGGAGAUGCAUCCGGCACUCUGUUGUAGGGAGGCAUCUCUAUUUCAAGCAAGCCUACCUUAUCUGCCUUUGGAAAGCUGCUCUUCAUGAGCGCUUGUACAAGGAGAUGGCAGAUAUCGAUGGGAAGGAUGCUGUAGACAUAGUCUGCAUGAUGGAGAAUGAAGAGAAAGACGAGACCGUUUUGAUGCUGAGUAAAGGCUUCCUAUCUCAGAAGCUCCAGCUUGGAGACAUGUACUACCUUUGGGAUUUGGUCUUCAUAUGGAGCAGACUCUACUUGCGGUUGAACCUCUCUAAACAGGGCUUCCUAGAGGAAUGCAAAGUAAUGAUUUUGUCAGCCACCAACAUAAAAGCGAUUUUCCCAUUUAUGAAGGUGAUUUUGGCAGAGCUUGGAAAAGAUGGCCUGGGAUUUUGUGUGGAGCUUUGUGCACAAGCUUUGCAGACUGACCAGAAUGAUCCAGUCACCAAGUCCCUCAUCUACAAAACCAUUGCAUACCUACUCCCUAAUGACCUUGAGGUCUGUAGGGCUUGUGCGCUGCUAGUUUUCUUCCUAGAGAGAACUGUUGAGUCAUACAAGAACGUGUUUCUCCUGUAUGCUCACCCUGAUCAAGAGUACCAUGCAGACACAAGUCUUGUGGGUAACAGUGUACGCUUUGAGGUUCUCCAGAUUCUGAAAAAAGACCUGUACUUUGACCCUGAGUUCUGGAGUCUUCUCAAUAUUGAGACAAACUGUCUGAAGCUAAUGAGUGAUAAGGUCGGUAAAGCAGACUUAUGUGAGAUCAUGCAAAAGGACAAAUGGAUGCCAAGCUACUGUAUGAAAGGAUAUUGUCAGUGUCACGCAGACAACACAGACAGGACUAUUAACAAAGCAGAGAAAGAUACAAACCGAAAUGGCCAGGAAGUGGAGACAUUGAAAACAUGGGUUAAUUCUGCCUCAGGGGAAGCAUCCUCCAAACCUCCAGGCAAAAGGCGGGGGAGGAAGCCAGGGACACAUCUUGUUAAAGAUUCAGAUGCCUGUCCAGUUCGACGUUCAUUUAGGCAAUUGGACUUGGCAAAGAAUCAUGCCAGGCAACUUAAUAGCAGGCGUCAGAGACUCCUUUCCCGACAGACAGAGAUGAACACUCUGAAACGCAAGGGAAGGAAACCACAAUGGCUUUUGGACCAGCUGGCUGCCGAAGCAGAAAACAGUGAACCUCGACAGGCCAAGAAACCAGGAAGGAAACCAAAACAGUCAAAUAUUUUGACAGAGAUUUCAGUUGAGACUGCAGUCAGUGAAGUCACAAUGAAAUUUUCAUAUCCUGAUAAUGAAGUUGAUCUCUCUUCUGAUGUUCAGGCCUUACUGUUUUCCACAGAGACCCCUCAUAUCACUGAAAGCAGUAUUAACAAAUCUCAAGAAAAUUUGAAAUGGCCUGACAGUAAUACGUCUCUUAUCAAGUUACUAUCAGCAGAAUCUACUCCAUGUAGCAAAAAAGACUUCAGGGUGCGGGAGGAGCUUGUUUUCCGGGAACAAGGCCUUUCUAUAGUUCGAAAAUUCCACACAUAUUCAAGACAAGCUGAAGUAGAAGGAAUAUCAGUUGACAGUUUACACCGAGAUAAAGAAGUUAAGCUGGACCAUAAUGAAUCCAAACAAGAACCACAGUCUGCUGUGCAACAGUGUGAACCUGCAGAGAUCCCUGGAGCUGCUGCUGCACAGGAUAAAAAUGUUGUGGAAAUCACAGCUACACCAAUCCCAGCUAUACAUGAGGAAACAUCCACUCCUGUUGAAGCCAUUUUUGAGCCUGUUAAAGAAUUAAUUGAAGAUCAAAAAGUUAAUGAGUUAUCAGUUCCCCAAGAUGCAGACACCAAAUAUCCAGACUACGGUCUUUAUGGUCCUUACAGUCCUAUUAGUCCUCCAGAAAAUAUUAAUGUUGAUCUUCCACCAGAAGUGACAACUCUCACCAGAGCUGACACCAUUCCUGUACCUCAAAGUAUGCCAGAAAACAUGACAGUUCUUCAUGAGGAUGCUCCUCCAGUUCUUACUGAAGUGACGAUGCUCCCUGAUGAAACAAUGGCUGCUUUGAGUGAAACUGAGAUUGACACUCCUGACACUAAAAUUGUCCCUGAGAGUACGGAGGUGCCACCAAGUCCCGAGGAAACAUCACCGGAAAUGCAUGCUGCUGUUGAUGGUGUAGUCUCUGACCCAACUGAUACAAGUUACCAGCUUUCAGUUAACUGCAGCCUUUGCAAUAAAGAAACCAAAUACCCACACAUUCUACGGCAUGCAAUGUGGCAUCACAGAAUUGACAGGAAGUGCAUGUUCUGUCACAAACGCUACACUCGUGGGCGCAGCCCAUCAGUCCAUUUUAAAUUGCACAUUCAGGAACUAAGAAAGUCUAAUGGGCUUUUUAGUGAAACUGUUUGUGAGAAUGCCACAGAGGCUGCCACACAAAGUGCCCAGAAGAGACUGUUUAAACGUGUUAAUCCUGCCAUGCAGAGUAAGUUUAGAAACAUCAAAAUGAGGUUAAACUGCAGUUUGAACAUUACAGAUUUGCACAAGGAAGGGCAAAGUUCAGAGCCUAAGGUUAGACUGCGGACCAGGUUAGUCAAGAAUUCGAAUCCCCCAAGUACAUCGGAUGAACAAAAGAAGAAGGUUUGCAAGAUGAAGAAGAAAUGUCUAAGGAGGGUUUUAGCAAAGAGAUCUCAGUCCACAGAUGAGAACAAAAAGUUUUUCAGAAUGAGACUAGAAAAGAAGAGAGCAAAGACUAUGCAAGCACUAACUCCAGAGGACAACCACUCGGAUACCAAUGGCAACUCAGCUCAUAGGGUAAAUGGAGUGAUCAGAAAGAAAAAGAAAGUUAAGAGUGUGCCUGAGAAUAAUACCUCAAAUGAAAAAAAUCAGACAUUACCACAAGACAACAAAGAGAAACUUGAGAAUGUAGAAUGUGCAGAAAGUCAGAAAGACAAUGUCAAGCCUGAAUCUGAGAAUGUAGGACUAACAAAAGACAAGGUCAAAUCAAAAACGAAAAGAAAAGAUGAAAUUGUGAAAAUGAAAAAAGAUGAAAACUCUGGGCUGAAAAAGAAGAAGAUUACUCCUGGAGAACAAAAAGAGGAUGGAGAAGCUGUUAAAAGAAGGAAGAUAACAAAUAGUCCAAAAGACAGUUCUGAGAAUCAGGAACCCAUUGACAAUAAUACAGAAUUUAAGGAAAUAAAUGCAGUGGGGUAUAAAAAUGGGACUCAGACAAAGCCCAAACAGCCUUCCACACCAUUCCAGGGGAAAAGAACUGGUGCAUCUACGCAUGUUAGAUGCCCUGUGGAGAUUUGUACAUUUACUGCAAAGUCAAUCCUUGUCCUUUCACAUGUACUGUCACACCACCAUGCUGACAAGAAGGCGCUUCUGUUCUUUUUCAAUUUUGGAAAGGAAAAAUGUCUUUUCUGUUGCAGAAAGAUAUAUAACCCCCAGCAUUUUUUUGACCAUGUGAUAUGCCACAGAGGUGAGCUGAAGUUUCCAUGCUACCAUUACGGCUGCAAGGAAAGGUACCAAACACGUAUGGAGCUGAGUGAGCACAUGCUAGGCCAUCAUCCUCUGAGAGCGAUGUGCUGCUUUCCUGGUUGCUCUAUGCAAGCUGAGACUGUUUUGCUACUGUAUAAGCAUGAAAGAACACAUUAUCGACUUGAUACAAAUGUGGAAACAAAAUCAAUGCCCAAAGAUUCUGAACCAACAGGGCAUGGAGCCCCUCAAAUUCUGGAAGAGAGUAUUGAGGCAGCAGCAAAUUCUUCAGUCGGUCAACUAAAUCUUGGUGCAGCCAAGUGGAAGGGCCCUACAUCUGCAAAUCAAGAUGAUGAUGAUAGAAAACCUUUGGUACUCAAUAAAGGUUCUGUAAACUACAGUAGCAAGAACCAUAGCCUUGUUAAUGGGCAUACUGAGAGUGACAAAGACGUUCCUCCCAAACCUUCAGAUCCAGUCAUUAAAGAGCAGGAACCACUCGUUUCAGGAAAACCCGCAGCUAAACAAUUCAUUCGACCUCUUCCCUCAGCUUAUCUGGAUGAGUCUUACAUUAGCAUGCCAAAACGCUGGAAGGAGCCCCAGGUAGGCUCAAAAAUAUUGGGCUCUGUGUCAAAGCCAGUAAAACUGCCUACCAGGCAGCGUUGCUCUCGAUGUUUUGAGUCUUUCAACAGUGAGGAAGAGCUGCAAACACACAAGGACAAAUGCACAUCCCUCUUUGGUUUUGAUUCGGAUGAUGAGAGUACAUCCUGAAUUUGGAGAAGCAGGAACUGAGAAAACUGUUAAAUGCUGCUGUAGGCAAUCAGCGUUCUUACAUGUGUGCUUAACAUCUUUGUCAGAAUCUCAAAACUGAACUAUAUUGAGAUCUACGUGGGAAAUGACUUAUGCCUCUUUGUAGUCUUUUAUGACCGAUCUGCUGCUUUAUUUCAGAGCAAAGGUCUGUUAUCUCUUGGUAAAAGGUCUGAUGUUGAAAAUCUGACAUUGUUUUUUUUUUUUUUUUUUUUUUUUUUUUUACUUAAUCUGCUUUCUCAGAAAAAAGUACGUUUGUCUUUCUGUAAAAUGCACAGCAGAUGAUUUUUUGACACUUGUCAUCAAUUUCUGUCACAGAGCUUAGUCUGUUCUCUCAUUUUUGCUUGUCUUUUCAAUUCCUGGUAAUGAGAGGCCACCAAGGACCAUAACACUACAAGAAGAUUUGGUCAGUCUUUCUGGCCAGGGUAUAUACCUGCUCUAGAAAGCACAAAAUGUUGUGCUCAGUCUGGCGUUUGAUGGAAGGUUUAACUUUACUGUUUUGUGACAGUAGGUCAGGUGUCUACCAGUGUUACAUGGUGCUUUUUGAGCAGAAGUACUGGAUGGAAACUCUUAGGCCACUCAAGGUAUUGCAAGCACACUAUAAACAUGUUCUGUUAUUAUUUUUAAAAAACCUUGAUAUGUGAACCUUUGUAAAAUGUUACUGAUUGCUUAUUUUGCAAAUGUCAUUAAGUUGCUUCUGUUUAAGUCAGUGGACACUUGGGAAGAAUUAAAGACACCAAGUCUUUAAAUGAAGGACUGACUUCUGUUGAGAUCAGAAGAACUGUUGGCUUAUAACAGCAGGCUGGUGCUGCUGUGAAGGCCUAGUCUUUAAGACUACAGAUGCUCCUGUUAAUGGAGGAGUGUACAUGUGCCACAAAGCCUCACUGAACAUUAUCAUGGCAUAUUCUAAAUGACUUCUCUUUAAACUCAAGAAAAUCGUAAGGGGAGAACUAAUUUGUGUCUCAAACAGAGGCAUGUUUAAUGCUGUUCCAUUUAUGAGCAGUAACCGUCUUAUUUAUUCUUUUUUUUUUUUUUUUGUUUGUUUGUUUUGUUUUGUAUCUUCUGUAAAUGUUUGAAGAGUUUAAAUAGUCUAUGAUUGGAUUGGGUGACUGGGUUUAUAUAUUGAGAGCUUUUUUUGUCCUAAUUAAUAAACACAUUUUAAGGGGA